AUGCUUCUGUUCAAACGAAAUUGUGCAACCAUCUUAAGGAAUAAAUCAUCGCCCAUCAGAUCAGCUAGAUUCGCUUGGAAUAUCAGUUUUCACCAGGGAAUCCCUAGACCUUACGCCGCUAUUAGAAACAUGUCCGGAACAGAUUCUUCAGGUGCUACCAAGACGGUAUGGUUGGAAAGGGAUGAUCUCUUGUCCAAACCACCCUCAUAUCCCCAACUUACCCAAGAUACCAAGACAGAUGUGGUGGUCGUCGGAGGUGGUAUAGCUGGCCUACAUAUCGCUUAUGAAUUGCUCAGCUCCGGCAUGAAGAAGGUUGUUUUGCUGGAGGAUGGAAAAAUCGGAUCCGGGGAAACUGGUAGAACCACAGGACACUUAUCGGCAGAUAACGAAUACAACGAAUUCUUGAAUCUGCAUGGGGCAGAAGGUACAGCCCAAAUCGCUGCUGCACAACAAGCAGCGAUUGAUCGAAUUGCUACGAUCGUCGACAAGCACAAGAUAGACUGUGACUUCGUUCGCCUUCCGGGAUACAUGUUCCACGGGCUACCCACAAGUUCAAGGGAGUUCCGACUUGAUACUCUUGAAGAAUUAUAUGAUGCUGCUGAGAAGACUGGUAAAUUAGACGUGUCGAUCGUCAAUGACGCUUAUAUCAAAGGGUUCAAGAGUGGACCAGCUGUACGAUUCGGCAAUCAAGCUACGUUCCAUCCUACCAAGUACCUCCAAGCCUUAGCGAAAGUGGUCUCUGAUAUGGGCGGUGAGAUUUACGAGAAGACGAGAUACAUGAACUACCAAGAGGAGAACGGUGGUGUUACUGCUAUAUUAGAUAAUGACAAGAAGAUCCAGGCUGAAGCUUUGGUAAUGGCUACGAAUGUUCCAUUGCAAAAGCUGGUCAUGAUUGAACGAGUCGAGGCAUUCCGAACAUAUGCAGUAGCCUUGAAGAUCCCUACUUCCUCAGUAUCAUCUAACGGUGAAGAAGCACUAUGGUGGGAUCUUGCGGAUCCAUACCACUAUGUCCGAGUCACCCCACACAAGCAAGAAGGCUACAGCCUGCUGGUCGUUGGAGGUGAAGAUGAAAAAGUCGGUCAACAUGAUGAUUAUGAGGAGAGAUUCCAGCGAUUGGAAUCAUGGGCUAGGGAAAGGUGGACUGCCGCAGGAGAAGUAGAGUACAAAUGGAGUGGUCAAGUCUUGGAUUCUUCAGAUGGGAUCGCCUACAUCGGUCGAAACCCUGGAACGAACAAUGUUUAUGUCCACACUGGUGAUAACGGUGAUGGCCUUACCUAUGCUGCCAUCGGAGGUUUGCUCAUCGCCGAUCUCAUUCUCGGUAAAAAGAAUCCAUGGGCGCACACAUUCUCGCCAUCUCGACAACACAGUGGAUCUCACUUGAAGCAAGCUCUGAAGACCUUACCGGAUAUGGUCAAGGAGAAUUUAUCUGAUCAAAUUUACUAUACCAAAUGGGCAGUAGCAUGUACCAAGACUGUAAAGGAUAUCGAAGAUCUUGUUCCUGGCGAGGGAGAUGUGGUCAGAGAGGGAUUAAGCCCUAUAGCUGUGUAUAAGGAUGAAUCCGGCGGAAUCCACAAGAUGACGGCUGUGUGUCCUCAUUUGAAAGGUAUCGUCGCCUGGAACACCGCCGAGAAAUCUUUCGAUUGUCCAGUGCACGGAUCUCGAUUCACCUGUAAAGGUGAAGUGGUCAAUGGACCUGCUAAAGGACCUCUACAGCCUAAGUAA